AUGCAAUCUACGUCAAACCUCAGUCCCGUCAAGGACGGUAGACGCAUCCUUGGCGACAAGACACCCAACGCGUGUCUGUCUCCCGCACGCAGUAAACACCUGGAUGUCGUCUCAGACAUUUCACCGGUUAAACGCUCUCUCUAUGAGAACCACUCUCCCAAGAAACUGCUUCCUUCACCGUCGUUUGUGGGCCAGAAGCGUACGAUCGACCAAGUGGAGGAUGACUCCCGAAUAAACAAACAGAACGUGCAGGUCCAACGUGUCGAACAGGUGCAGGGAAACCAUGAACGCAACCUGCAGGAUAAAGGCAUCACUCAGACCACAGGUCCAAAAUGUGAUCAGCAGCCAUCGGACGCGAUGCCCUCAAAUGAUACCCAGUCUACAGAGCCACAACAAUCCCUUCAACAAACACGCCGACUCCCUCUCAGCGACAUUGUAAAUUUAAUCGACACUCCAAGCCCAAAGCAAACGCCCAAGACCAAUACACGGACAAUUCCAGAAGACCCCCAAACCCGCAAGUUGUUUAUCCAGGAGAAAGCAAAUCUACUGCGCAGCCGGAUACGGAGCGCAAUGCGCCACGUCCGAGACCACCAGUUCGAUCGCAGAUUAUCAGAGCUGGAAGCUCACAGCCGCAAAUACCCCCGACUAUCACUGCCCGCCUUGAGUCACCAGCACACCGAUCCAGAGCGUGCAUCCCGGCGCGACACAACGACAAAAGCAUCAGCAGUAUUAGCAGCAGCAGCACUCGCCUCAACAUCACCGUCCAAGAAAACACCACCUAGUCUUGAACCCGCCCUAGACGUCGACCUCCAACCCACCCCGAAGAACUCAUCCGACGCACCCGCUGGCCUCUCCUCCCCGCCUCUAUCGGCCGGCACAACCGCCAACCAGGAGGAUGCGGAUUCACUGAGGACGCCAACCCAGAAGAGCUUCCACCGCCGGACCAAUACGCUGGAGUCGCCUACAGCCAUGCAGCUGAGUAGUCCCCCGGCCACGGUAUCACGGAACGCAGGCAAGAGGACCAUUGACAUGACAGAGGAGGAUCACGAGGACGACAAAACAGAGAAAAUUACCACGCCGGCACACAAGGGUGAUGCGGUCGAUGGGCUUCUUCAGCUGAUGAAUACGUCCGAUAAACGACGCCAGUCGGUCUCGGAUACCCAAAGCGGAUGA